UUAGUUCUAUUUAGUUCCACCUGUGUCCCUCCUUCAGUGCUUCAUCAUUCCUUUGGACACUGAGGCAAACUGGACCGUUUGUCUUCACAGUGAGUAAUACUUUUGUCUUUUUCCCUUGCAUUCUGCUGCUUUCAAUUGUAUUUUGCUGCUUUCAAUUGUGUGCUUUUGCUGCUUUCUAUUGUGUAUGUGUUGCUUUGCUGUGACAGUGUGGCCCCGCACUGCACAUGUGUUAGGAACACAACACGAACAAACAACACACAUUCACACUUGAGUCAGGGACAAAACAUGCAGUUAACAAACAAAUGACAAGCUGUCACUCACCGUGGCUCUCUACUGCUGGUUAAGAGAGUCAAGGUGGGGCUGAGUGUUCGAUGCAGGUGAACACACCUGAUUAGGCCCAAGUUGGGCCGAACUAUGGUUGUCAAAAGCUGGGUGUUGGAAGUAUUAUGUGAAUACUUCUAGACUUGUGAUGGUGUAUUUACUAUAAGAUCUCUGUCUUGACCAGGAGCUCAGGUCUCCAUGCAUCACCAAACAUCUGCGGAGAUGUUGGUGCUUGGUUUGUUGUUGUUGUUGUUGUUGUUGACACUUUGGGGUUUAAACAAAUGCAAAGUGUUUGCCAUCCUUGGUUUGGAAGUCAGGUUUACAAUGGCUACAUUACCUUCGCCUGAGGCGGGGUGUGUUGCUGCUUUUAUAGAUUUCAAUAUUUCUGUCUUUGUCCUCUACAAAGUCAGUAUUUGGUUGUCAUUUUGGGGACGGCGUGGUGUCGUUAAGUGAGGAUUCCUGGUUCGAUCCCCACCUACCAACCGUGUUGUGUCCUUGAGCAAGACACUUCACCCCCUUGCUCUUGCUCCCUGAUGGGUCGCGGUUAAGGCCUUGCAUGGCAGCUCCCGCCAUCAGUGUGACUGUGGAAAUGGUGUCAAAGCGCUUUGAGUUCCUUGGAGGUAGAAAAGCACUGGCUUUCCCCGUUCCUCACCGGAUCCACUUUAAAAUCCUCCUCCUCACCCAUAAAGCCCUCCCACAACCAGAUCCCCUGCUUCCCCGCCAUACCCCUUCACGCAGCCUACGCUCCUUUUGAUGCCAACCUCCUCUCCCCACCACUCAGAACCAAGCUGCUCCCACCCUCUGGAACAUUCUUCCCACCUUCAAAACACCUUUUCAGAUCUGCUUUUAACCAAUGAUUAGUGUUCUGUGUCUUGUAAUUGUCCUGUAUUAUGUAUUUUACAAUGUACGGCUUUUAUAUUUCCUGUAUUUUAUAUUAUUACUUUAAACUGUUUUCAUAUUUUAAUUUUUUCUCCUGUAAAGCGUCAUUUUAUUAUUACCGUAUUUUUCGGACUAUAAUUCGCAGUUUUUUUUCUAUAGUUUGGCCGGUGGUGCUACUUAUACUCAGGAGCGAUUUUUGUGUGAAAUUAUCCACACAUUACCGUAAAAUAUCUAAUAUUUAGCUCAUUCACGUAAGAGACUAGGCGUUUAAGAUUUCAUGGGAUUUAGUGAUUAGGAGUGACCGAUUGUUUGGUAAACGUAUAGCAUGUUAUAGUUAUUUGAAUAACUCUUACCGUAAUGUUACAUUAACAUACCAGGCACAUUCUCAGUUGGUUAUUUAUGCCUCAUAUAACGUACACUUAUUCAGCCUGUUCACUAUUCUCUAUUUAUUUUAAAUUGCCUUUCAAAUGUCUAUUCUUGGUGUUGGGUUUUAUCAAAUAAAUUUCCACAAAAAAUGCGACUUAUACUCCAGUGUGACUUAUACUCCGGAAAAUACGGUAUUAUUAUUAUUAUUAUUAAAGUAUAACCCAUUUAUUUACAAGGUCAAUGUUGUGUGGCUUUGGUCAAAGUCAAUAUGUGUUUGGGGUCUGGUCAUUUACAAAGUCAAUAUGCAGUGAUUCCCCCAGAAAGUUUGUUAGCUAAGGUGUUGUCACUAUAGGGGGAGGGGGCGUCACCCGGGACAGGCUGCAGGACAGGGAGGUGAGUGAGUGGGUGGAUGGGUGGGUGUAAGGAACAGUGUAACUUGGCCUGUCUUCACCUCAUCGCUUGAUGUUAGUGAGUCUAAAUUGUCAGAUGAUGGCUUCUCUGAUGUCUCUUCUUUAUCUGAACGUGGUCUUCUACUGCAUUCAGCAACUUUGUCUCGAUUGGAAGUAGGGCUGCAAUUAACUAUUAAUUUGAUAAUCGAUUAAUAAUCGGAUAAAAGACAAACCACAUUUCUGUCCUUUCCAGUAUUUUGUUGGGGAAAAAAAUGCCUACUGGCACAUUUUGAUUGUUUCUCAACUGUUUGUACAUGUUGCAGUUUAUAAAGUUUUAUAAAAAAAAUAAAUUGCACAUAGCAUAGAUCCAACGAAUCGAUGACUAAAUUAAUCGCCAACUAUUUUUAUAAUCGAUUAGUUGUUGCAGCCCUAAUUGGGAGUUAGUCUGUCCUGCUUCUGGCUGAGUUUUGCCAUAGUGGAAAAAAAAAUCAUUUAUAAGGAUUUUCACAAACAAACAUUCAAUAAUCAUGAAUACAUUAUUUGGGAUAAACCCACUUUAGCACAGGUGUAAGAUAGUGACAUGUUAUUUACAACAUCGUCUGGGAAACCAUGUGUGUCAAAGCACUUAAUCGAGGUAUUUUAAUUUUGACAGAAAAUAUUGAAUGCAACUGCAGUUUUACUUAACUCUAUUAUUUAUUACAAGAAACUACUCAAAGCAUUUUUAAUACAACCCUAUUUUUAAAUUUGAAUGAGUGUGAAUGUUGUCUCUGUGUUGGCCCUGUGAUGAGGUGGCGACUUGUCCAGGGUGUACCCCGCCUUCCGCCCAAAUGCAGCUGAAAUAGGCUCCAGUGACCCCAAAAGGGGGAUGGGUUUUAUUUGGUGUCUGGUCAGGUCCAUUACAAGGUCAACAUGUAUUUAAUUUGUCCUCAUGGUUUUGGUCAACUACAAGGUCAACAUUAUGUAUUUUGUGUCCUCAUGGUUUUGGUCAACAUGUAUUUAAUUUGUGUCCUCAUGGUUUUACUUGGGGUCAGGUCAACUACAAGGUCAACAUGCAUUUCAUUUGUGUCCUCAUGGUUUUACUUGGGGUCAGGUCAACUACAAGGUCAAUAUGUAUUUAAUUUGUGUCCUCAUGGUUUUACUUGGGGUCAGGUCAACUUCAAGGUUAACAUGUAUUUAAUUUGUCCUCAUGGUUUUGGUCAACUACAAGGUCAGUAUUAGAAUGUCCGCCCUGAGAUCGAUAGGUUGUGAGUUCAAAUCCCGGCAGAGUCACACCAAAGACUAUAAAAAUGGGACCCAUUACCUCCCUGCUUGGCACUCAGCAUCAAGGGUUGGAAUUGGGGGUUAAAUCACCAGAAAUGAUUUCCGGACGCGGCCACAGCUGCUGCCCAUUGCUCCCCUCACAUCCCAGGGGGUGAUCAAGGGUGAUGGGUCAAAUGCAGAGAAUAAUUUUGCCACACUGUGUGUGUGUGAGUGUGAGAGAGACAAUCAUUGGUACUUUAACUUUAACUAUUUUGUGUCAUGGUUUUGGUCAACAAGUAUGUAUUUUGUGUCCUCAUGGUUUUGGUCAACGACAAGGUCAAUAUGUAUUUAAUUUGUGUCCUCAUGGUUUUAUUUGGGGUCAGGUCAACUACAAGGUCAGUAUGUAUUUUGUGUCCUCAUGGUUUUUGUCAAGUACAAUGUCAGUAUUUUGUGUCCUCAUGGUUUUGGUCAACUACAAGGUCAGUAUGUAUUUUGUGUCAUGGUUUUGGUCAACAUUAUGUAUUUUGUGUCCUCAUGGUUUUGGUCAACUACAAGGUCAGUAUGUAUGUAUUUUGUGUCAUGGUUUUGGUCAACUACAAGGUCAGUAUGUAUUUUGUGUCCUCAUGGUUUUGGUCAACAUGUAUUUAAUUUGUGUCCUCAUGGUUUUAUUUGGAGUCAGGUCAACUUCAAGGUCAGUAUGUAUGUAUUUUGUGUCAUGGUUUUGUUCAACAUGUAUGUAUUGUCCUCAUGGUUUUGGUCAACUACAAGGUCAGUAUGUAUUUUGUGUCCUCAUGGUUUUGGUCAAUAUGUAUUUAAUUUGUGUCCUCAUGGUUUUAGUCAACUACUUGGUCAACAUGUAUGUAUUUUGUCCUCAUGGUUUUGGUCAACUACAAGGUCAGUAUGUAUUUUGUCAUGAUUUUGGUCAACUACAAGGUCAGUAUGUAUUUUGUGUCCUCAUGGUUUUUGUCAAGUACAAUGUCAGUAUUUUGUGUCCUCAUGGUUUUGGUCAACAUGUAUGUAUUUUGUGUCCUCGUGGUUUUGGUCAACUACAAGGUCAGUAUGUAUGUAUUUUGUCCUCAUGGUUUUGGUCAACUACAAGGUCAGUAUUUUGUGUCCUCAUGGUUUUGGUCAACAUGUAUGUAUUUUGUGUCCUCGUGGUUUUGGUCAACUACAAGGUCAGUAUUUUGUGUCCUCAUGGUUUUGGUCAACAUGUAUGUAUUUUGUGUCCUCGUGGUUUUGGUCAACUACAAGCUCCUCUUUCCCAUAACUAACUCAAUUGUAGGUUCUCUUUUGGUCUCAUCCCAGAAAACCCGAUGGUCCUCCAUCAGCUGGAUGAGCUUGUGCAUCUUCCUCAGACAUCUCAUCUUCUACCUUGGCCUCCAAACCUUCAACAAGUUGCCUGAUUUAUAGUUUUGGUUGCUGGGUUGUGUGUUUUGACUCUUCGUGUGUGUCCAGUAUGUCCUUCACAAAGCUAUGGCUGAUUUCAGUAGGUGGUUUUUCAUCCUCAAGAAUAGGUAUUUAGUGUGUAUCCUCAAAACAAGUCUUCAGAAGAUUAGGACCAUUAGGGUCUUGGGGAUUUUCUAACUCCACUGACAGUUGGUCCUCCUGGUCUCCUAUGGGCGUUCCCUCUCCGCUGCGGGCGUGCCUCUGCAAGAGAUCUGCAAUCAACACACCUGCCCGUGAUGAGGGACCAGCCUUCAUAAGCCAGCGUGUCUUAAGAUCCGGUGCUAGAACGUAGCUUCUUGUACCCAGAACACUUCCCGUUGUCCUUCCUCGUCCUCGAGCUGUGUCUCGUCUACCUGGACCCCCUUUGGAUUCCCUCUUCUUCCUGGACUUCGACCUCACGCCUGCCCACUGACCACGACGCCUCGCUCCUGCCCUCUGAUGUCCGAGCCUUUGUUUUCCCCUUUUGGACUUCCGCCUCGAUCUUAACACCCACACAACACCCUCUGGUGACCACGCUCAGAUAAUACUUACACAUAGUCACACUACAUCUCUUUAAGCUAAUCACACACUGCACUCACAUACUGAGCUGUCAAUAAACACGCUAACAGCUAACGACGUCAUCGCCUCUCUGCAGUCUUCUUCUCCCGCUGUCCCGUCAUACAAUGUUGUAUAUUCUUUCAUUCGUUCGU